UGAGAGCGUUUCAGCUUCGAUCCCCCGUCCCCUCCCUUGGGAAAAGGAGUAAAAGCAAGCCAGCAGCCCCGAAGCGAACCCCGAGAAGGCCACAGAGAGGUAGAGGAGCAAAAGACAUCACGGUGUGGUGUGGAAGAACAAGUGAGGGGAGAGAGGCAGGCAGGCGACGGGCCCCGUGAUUCCCUUCAACUUUCGCUUUCCUUCUCCUCGUCUUCACUCUCUGCUCCCCACGCUGCAUCCUCAAAACCAUUCCACCCUCGAAUCCGCCGCGCUCACGCCCGCGCUCCACAGCUGCCACGGCCCCCGAGUGUGCCCACCGCCGUGCCGUGCGUGUCCAAGCAAGCAAUGUGAGGGCGCGCCGCGGCUUAAGCCAGCCAGGUAGGUGUCCAGGGUAACACAACAACGCGCGCGCGAUGACGCUGCAGAUGGAGCCGCCGGUGCCGCCGCCGCGGCGGUCGGUGUCGACGACCUGCGACCUGCACCCGGGGGAGACCUUCACGGGCUUCUGCGCCGCCUGCCUCCGCGAGCGCCUGGCGGGGCUCGAGGCCAACGCCGCCGCGGCCGGCGCCGCGCCAGGCCGCAAGUCCACCUCCGCCAUCCGCUCGCUCUUCUCCCGCCCGUUGUUCGCCGCUGCCGCCGCCGCCGGGGGCGGGGGCGGGGGACCCUCGGGCUCAGGUGGUGCCGCCGCGGCCGCGAUGCCGGACCUCCGCCGCUGCAAGUCCUUCUCCUGCGGGCGCGGGGGCGGCGACGCGCUGGCCGCCGCCGUCCUCGCGGGCGCUGGCGGCGCCGGCGGGGCCGGGGCGUACGAGCCGCAGCGGCGUUCGUGCGACGUGCGCGGGCGGAGCACUCUCUGGGCGCUCUUCCAUCAGGAUGACCGCGAGCGGGUUCGUGACGGCACCGCGUUCGGCGCCUUCCCUGCCUCGUCCUCCGCCGCCGCGGCCGCGCUCGCUGCCGAGGUCCUUCCGCCCCCGCAGCCGCCGCCGCCUCAUCCGCCGGCGUGCGUCCCUGAGAUGUUCUUGGAGGGGGAGAUUGCUGUUGUGGCCGAGGAGGAUUCUGACGAGAUUGUUCCGGUGGUGGAGCCCGUCUUGGAGGUGGACACCUCUGGGGAGAUGGAGACGACGGAGGUUGAUGCGGCCGCGCGGCAUGUCAGGGCCAUGAAGGAUCACAUAGAUCUCGAGUCCUCGCAGUCGCAGCAGCAGCCCAACAAGAAGCUGCCGCCCAAGGACCUCAAGGAGAUCGCCGGGAGCUUCUGGCUGGCCGCCUCGGUGUUCAGCAAGAAGUGGCAGAAGUGGAGGCGCAAGCAGAAGCUCAAGAAGCAGGAGGCCGCGGGCAGCAAGGCGGCGGCGGCGGCAAUGCCCCCACCGGAGAAGCCCUCCAAGCCAUCGUUCCUCCUCAGGCGUAGCCGCUUCCGCCGUGGUGAAGCCGGCGGCUCCGAGUUCGCCGGCGGCCGGCGCUCGUGCGACACGGAUCCACGGUUCUCCCUGGACGCCGGCCGCAUGUCCGUCGACGACAUGGGCUUCAACUGGGACGAGCCCCGUGCGUCGUGGGACGGCUAUCUGUUCGGCGCCGGCACCGGCAUUGGCCUCGGCCGCGCGCCGCCGCCGCUCUCCCGCCUACCUCCCAUCCUCUCGGCUCUGGAAGACUCCCCCGCCGGCAUCGUGGAGCGCUCCGACGGUCAAAUCCCCGUGGAGGACGACUCCCAGCCGGAGCCCGACUCCGACGCGAACGUCCCUGGGGGCACGGCCCAGACGCGAGACUACUACAUGGACACGUCAAGCCGGAGGCGCCGGAGCCUUGACAGGUCCAGCUCUGUGCGCAGGUCCUUCGAAGUCACCGACCCAAAGCCAGUGGCAGUGCCAGUGCCAGUGCCUGUUCCAGUGACCGCACCACCGGCCGCGGCCAUUGUCAACGGCAGGGAAUCCCCUCUGAUGGGCAGCUCGGAGUUCUACCACUUCCACCACGCCGAAGACCUGUUCGACCACCGCUUCAGCACCACGUCGCUCGUCGAGGACUUCUCCGCCAGCCUGGACGCUGCCUUCCACGGGGGCCCCGCGAAGAAGCCGCGGCGGUGGCGCAAGGCGUGGAGCCUCUGGGGCCUGAUCCACCGCCGCGCCGCGGGGCGGAGCAGGAACGGCGCGUCCGACGUCGGCGCGGACCGCGCGUUCUCGGAACCGUGGCCGGAGAUGAUGCGCGUCCGCGGGUACAACGGCCGGAUGAUGCAGCGGUGCAACAGCAACGCGAGCGCGCGGAGCUCGUUCAGCAGCAACAGCGGCGGCGGCGGGGGGCUGGGCAGCUCGAGGCGCAGCUACGUGGCCGACGCCGCCCACGCCCACGCCCACGGCGGACACGUGAAGCGGAGGCGCGAGGAGUACUGCGCGGCGGCGCUGGAGCGGAACCGCAGCGCGCGGCACUCGCCGGGCAUCGCCGCCGGCGACAACGGCAUGCUGCGGUUCUACCUCACGCCGAUUCGGAGCGCCAGCGGCCGCCGUACCGCCGCCGUCCUCCCGGUAAAAGGCGGACGGCAGUCGUUCGCGCGGACGAUGCUGGGGCUGUACUGAGUACUGACUGACGACGGCCGGCGACCUGCUGGUCAAGCUGCUUCGUUUCAGUAGUAGGGCAGUAGUAGCUGAUGGCUUACAUGUUCAUUCAGGUGCUUGGGCGGUGGUGGUAUAACCAAAAAUCGUUUACAAUGCUUGUGUAGUGUUAGUGCAGUGAUCCUUUUGUUCAUUCGCGGGCUGGAUAAAAUCAAGUUUAAUCUCGUAUAAUCACGACUUAAACUCUGUGCUGUUUGUUGUUC